AUGAAUGAUGAAAACGAGGAUUCAACUUUCAUUCAAUUUGAUGUUCAACAAGAACAACAACAAACAAACAAUCAGGUGAAAAAUAAGAUGUUGAAAUCCAAUUCGAAUCGACGUGGAGUAAUGGCAACAGAAGAUCAAGUUACAAAACACUUUUAUCAUAAUGAAUUUCCAAAUGAAUAUCGUUCAUAUAAGGAGCCAAUGAAAUCGAUUCUUAAAAAAUCACAAAAGAAAUCAGAAGCUCGUUCUUUGUCUCCAUGUCCUUCAGCUUGUUCAUCGUCACAGAAGAAAGAAAAUACAACUAAACGUUCUGAUUUUGCUGAUAUUCAACAUAUAGCUGAAUUAACAGCAAAACAAGAUCCAUCUUCAUCUUCAAUUUAUCCUCGAUCACUUUUUAGUCAAACAAUGAAUAUAUUCGAUCCCGAUAAUUCUUAUGGAAUGUCACCAAGAAAUCGUUCACGUCCAUCUCGACUUCAAUAUUACAUCAAACCAUAUCGAGGAGAACCUCCUCUUCCAACAAAACCACGUUCCCGAUCGCUUCCACGUCAUCGAAUAACACAAACAUCAACACCAUUGAGUCUUCAUUCACAAACUUCAGUAAAUCAAUCUGUUCGACCAUCACAACGACAAUCAAUUCGAAAACAACAUGUUUCUUGGUCACCUGCUCGACAACGAGAAACACCAAUUCCAACCAAAAGAAAAUCGAUCGAACCAUCUUCAUCGUCAGUCGUAUCAAUUCCAAUCUGUUUUCACAAAUCUCAAUCAACUCAAUUUCCGUCCCCACGUCCUUCAUUAAACGAACCUUGUCAACAUGCUUUGAUCUCACAUAAACCGACAUACGAAAUAAGUUACAAAAGAGAAGAAGAAGAAAAAUAUUUUCGAAAACGUUACUUUUACGAACCCGGAAAACGACACGAUGAAACGAUCGAACAAUACAAUCGUUUAUUAGAACGAAUGCGUGUUACAGACAGUGAACUUCAAUCUUUAUCUCAAUCGCUGACAAAAAAUAAUAAUAAAAUAUCAGAAAGAAGAUCCGUCAGUAAUCACGAUUUAUUUUAUCCUGAAGUUUCUGAAACUUAUCAAAUCGAAUUUUUCAAUGGUUAA